AUGAGAAAUCAUACACCAGUAACCUCAUUUAUCCUCUUAGGAUUGACAGAUGAUCCAAAACUGAAUAUUCUUAUUUUUACAUUUCUACUUAUCACCUACAUGUUGAGUAUUGUAGGAAACCUGACCAUCAUCAUUGUCACUAUUGUUGAUUCCCAUCUUCAAACUGCAAUGUACUAUUUUCUGCAAAACUUCUCCUUCUUAGAAAUUGCAUUCACUUCUUCCUGUAUUCCUAGGUUCUUGUACAGUAUUGCAACAGGUGACAAGACCAUAUCCUAUAACUCUUGCAUAUGCCAAAUGUUUUUUGCAGACCUAUUUGGAAUCGUGGAAUUUUUUCUUCUGGCAACUAUGUCCUAUGAUCGUUAUGUAGCCAUAUGCAAACCGCUUCAUUACACAACUAUCAUGAACCACAAUUUCUGCAAAAGACUUAUCUCUGGCUGUUGGAUAAUUACACUGUUGCUCAUGCUUCCACCAAUUGGAUUUGAUGUGACACUUGAAUUCUGUGACUCUGAAAUUGACCACUUUGCCUGUGAUGUUAAUCCUCUUCUGAAGAUUUCAUGUUCUGAUACAGAGUUCUUAGAGAAACUGGUUCUUUUCUGCUCUGUAUUUAUCUUACUAGUGACUCUCACUUUUGUGGUUUGGUCUUAUGGAAGCAUCAUUCGCACGAUUCUUAGGUUCCCCUCUGCUCAACAAAAGAAAAAGGCAUUUUCUACCUGUUCCUCCCACUUUAUUGUGGUUUCCGUAACUUAUGGGAGCUGUAUAUUUAUCUAUAUUAAGCCUUCUGCAAAAAAUGAAAUGGCCACUAACAAGGGAGUAUCAAUAUUGGCUACUUCAAUCUCACCCAUGUUAAACCCAUUUAUUUAUACUCUAAGGAACAAACAAGUAAAAAAUGCUGUGGAUGAAUUGGUGAAAAAGCUCGUCAUCUUGAAGCCACAUAGGUAA